CCCACAAUCAACUACCCCGAACACAUCCUGCAAAACGUCCGGAGGAAGAAGAGCCAUGGAUUACUACAGAAAGCAUGCAGCUGUCAUUCUGGCCACAUUGUCUGUGUUUCUGCACAUUCUCCAUUCCUUUCCUGAUGGAGAGUUUACAAUGCAGGUUUGCCCAGAAUGCAAGCUAAAGGAGAACAAAUACUUCUCCAAGUUGGGUGCCCCAAUUUACCAAUGCAUGGGCUGCUGCUUCUCCAGAGCGUACCCCACUCCAGCAAGGUCCAAGAAGACGAUGUUGGUCCCUAAGAACAUCACCUCAGAAGCCACAUGCUGCGUGGCCAAAGCAUUUACCAAGGCCACAGUAAUGGGAAAUGUCAAAGUGGAGAACCACACGGAGUGCCAUUGCAGUACUUGUUAUUAUCACAAAUCUUAAAUGUUUUGCAAAGUGCUGUGUUGAUGACUGCUGAUUUCCUGGAAUGGAAAAUUAAUUUGUUCAGUGUUUCUGGCCUUGUGAGAUAACACUCUCCUUUUCCUUACCACACCGCCUUUGACAUGCUUCAAGGAUAUACUGCAGCUUUAUUGCUUUCCUCUAUCCUACAGAAUAAUCAGUAGUUAGUUCUUUUCAUUUGGAAUGAAAUACAGUAUUUAGCAUGACUAUAAAAAGCUGGUUCUGCUGGAA